UUUCAGUCCGGUGUUUGCUUUUAUUUAGGUUGAGCGAGAGAUCGAUCCUCCUUGCGCACGACGAGAGCCCGCUUCGAGUGCGAAAAGCGGAUUUUCCGAUUUCCCACAACUUUAGUUGAAAAUGAGGCUCUGCUCGUUGUCGCGUAAAGUGUCGCACGAGAACGUUUCUAAUAAUAAUGUUGCGUUUCCCUUCAAGUGUAAACAGUUAGUGCAUUGAAAUAUCACCAUCCGGGUAUAACCUGCAAAGGGGUAGAGCGAUCGUAGAUAAAUAUGUAAAUAGAACUUAAUUUUUAAUUAUCAUCCGUUUCGAGCAGAUAAAACUUGACUAAAAUAUUAAUUUCGCGUAGGUUCCUCGCCGUGAAAGUUAUCGGAACACAAUGAGUACCAACUCGAUGAAACAGACCGUAUGGCAAGAAGCGAGUACCAAUAAUGGAAUCGUCAAUUCGAGAUACCAAGUGCCUGAAAAACCGAAUUCUCUGAACGCUAUGGUAGAAAUAUCCGGGGCGGGAACCAAGACCGUCGUAGUGCCUAAAUCUAGACCUGAUAAGGAAAGGUUUUUAGUAAUAUUGAUAGUAGCGCUGCUGCUGUUUUGUGCCAUGCUCAUGAUUAUGGCUUUUACCAGGAGAAAUCAACCUUGUGCUACCGUUAAAAGAAAAACGGUGUGUUUAACUGAAGAAUGUGUACGAACUGCAUCUUCAUUGCUGGCUGCAAUGGAUAGAAAUGCCGAUCCUUGCGUGGACUUUUUCCAAUACGCGUGCGGUACGUGGAACAAAGUCCACUUGAUACCAGAAGAUAGAAGUUCCAUUAGCACGUUCGAAGUAAUGUCGGAUCAACUGCAAAUCGUACUUAAAGGCCUGCUACAAGAACCGAUUAAUAUGAGAGAUAACGACGCCACGAGAAAGGUUAAGAAUUUUUACAACUCCUGCAUGGAUCUGCCAAAUAUUAGUAAAAUAGGCGAUGGGCCUAUCAGGGAAGUUUUAAAACAAUUAGGCGGUUGGCCGGUUAUAAAACAAAACUGGCAAGUGCCUACUUUUUCAGUGGAGUCUCUAAUAGGCUUAAUAAGAGGAUAUUACAAUGAAGGAUUUCUCAUAGAACAAUGGGUAGGACCUGACGACAAAAACAGUUCUGUGAAUAUCAUACAGAUAGAUCAAUCGGCUUUAGCUCUACCAGGUAGAGAUUAUUACCUAAAGCCGAGCAUUAAGGGCGAAUUGCAAGCCUAUCAUAAGUACAUGACCAAUAUAGCGAUAUUACUGGGCGCCAAUUCCUCCGUUGCAGGGGCAGAAUUACAAAAAGUUGUGGAUUUCGAACUGCAAUUAGCAAACGCUUCCCUUCCAGAGCAAGAUAGACACGACACCAGCGCUAUUUAUAAAAAGAUAUCAAUCAAAGAAUUAGCGAAAAAAGUCCCUCAAAUCAAUUGGCUAGAAUAUUUCAGAGCAAUAUUCGAUAUCACCAUCAACGAUGACGAACAAAUCGUUGCCUAUGGACUAUCGUAUUUCGUCGAAUUGGGCAAAUUGUUGUCUGUAACCGAUCGCAGAACAAUCCAUAACUACGUCCUGUGGCGCCUGGUCAUGUCCCUGUCGAACAAUUUAGUAGACGAUUACCAAAAAGAACGCGUGGAAUUCAGAAAAAUUCUACAGGGCGUCCUGUCGGAGAGACACCGAUGGACGCAAUGCGUCGAAUGGACCAACAAGAAAAUGGGCAUGGCUGUCGGCGCUUUAUACAUACGGAACAACUUCAACCGCGAUAGCAGAGAAACAGCGCUGGAAAUGAUCCACACCAUCAGAGAAGCGUUCAACGAGCUGCUCGCCGAAAACCAGUGGAUGGACGACGAGACCAGAAAAGUAGCCAAGGAGAAAGCCGACGCCAUGAACCAAAGAAUUGGCUACCCUAAAUUGAUAACCAACAAAGAGGCCCUUUGCAAAGAGUACGAAAGCUUGAACGUGACGAAGCACGAAUUCAUGCUGAACGUUCUGAAUGUUCUGAAAUUUGAGGCUAAGCAAAACUUGGAGAAACUCCGCACGGAAGUUGAUAAGGAAAAAUGGUCAACAGAACCGGCUGUGGUAAACGCCUUUUACAACCCUAACAAAAACGAUAUCGUCUUCCCGGCCGGAAUAUUCCAACCCUUAUUUUAUAGCCAGCACUUUCCCAAAUCGUUAAAUUACGGUGGCAUCGGCGUAGUUAUCGGCCAUGAAAUCACGCACGGAUUCGACGAUAAAGGGCGACAGUUUGAUAAGCACGGCAAUAUGAUGCAGUGGUGGAACAAUGCUACAAUUAAAGCGUUUAGAGAACGAACCCAGUGCAUUAUAGACCAGUAUUCAAGGUACAAAUUAGACGAGGUCGGUAUGUACGUGAACGGAAGAAUGACUCAGGGCGAAAAUAUGGCUGAUAAUGGAGGAUUGAAGCAAUCAUUCAGGGCGUACAAAAAGUGGGUGGCCCAGCACGGCGAGGAAUUCGAUUUGCCGGGAUUGAAUCUAACCCACGACCAGUUGUUUUUCCUGAAUUACGCUCAAAUUUGGUGCGGAACGAUGAAUCAGGAGGACGCCCUGACGAAGAUCAGAACUAGCGUGCAUUCCCCGGGGCCGAUACGGGUGUCGGGGCCGCUGUCCAAUUCCAAAGACUUCGCGAAAGCUUACAAUUGCCCGAUCGGCACGCCGAUGAAUCCCAAAGAGAAGUGCAACGUUUGGUGAAAGGGAUAUAUUGAUAUUAUGCAUGCACAACAUUAUUCAGUGCCUGAAUGGUUAUUAUUGAAUUUGCUAUAUUAAAAAUGCCGUAUAAUCUACACAUGUGUUUUAGUUGCCUAAUGAAUGUAUAUCAUUAUAUUCUGAUAAUAUUCUAUUGCUCUAUAUCUUCUUAGCGGUUCUACCAUGUUUCUCUUUCAUUGAAUUUAUGGAGUAGUUAUAUAGGUACAUGAUGUCGUCCGCUCUAUUAUACUCUGAAAAUUGUUAUGCGAUGUUUUAUUUUUCUAUCUACUGUGCUCAAUAUUCCAAAAGUCUAAAGCACACUACGAAUCACUACUUCUUCAUCCAUUUCAUUCUUUUUUCAUUAUCAUAUUAUCGAGUACAGUAUAAUAAGAAAACGAUGUUUU